AUGAAUAUUAUUAGUUUUUCUUGCCCUAUUAUGACUAAACAAAAGUUUGGGCUAACAGUCAAAAAAGAAGAGGACUUUUCCGAGUGGUAUGUGCAAGUCAUAAUAAAAGGAGAGAUGAUAGAUUAUUAUGAAAUAAAGGGGUGCUACGUAAUGCGGCCUCAGGGACAAUUUAUUUGGAAGUGUAUCCAGAAGUGGUUCACUGAGAAGAUUGAAGAAGCUGGAGUCCAGGAAUGCUAUUUUCCCAUGCUUAUCCCAAAAUCGAUGCUUGAAAAAGAGAAGAGCCAUAUAGAAAACUUCUCUCCCGAAGUUGCAUGGAUUACAAAAUGUGGAAACGAAGUUUUGGGGGAUCCUGUUGCUAUUAGGCCUACUUCAGAAACAAUAAUAUAUCCAUCAUUCUCGAAAUGGAUAAGAAGUCAUAGAGACCUCCCUCUCAAGAUAAACCAGUGGUGCAGUGUUCUGCGAUGGGAAUUGCAUGGAACACUUCCAUUCAUAAGAGGAAAAGAAUUUCUAUGGCAAGAGGGACAUACUGCUUUUUUGACAAAGGAAGAAUCUGAUGAGGAAGUUUUGGCCAUCCUGGAUCUUUAUUCUAGGAUAUACGAGGAGCUUCUUGCUGUGCCUGUAAUAAAAGGGAGGAAAACAGAGAGUGAGAAGUUUGGUGGUGCAGACUAUACAACAUCAAUCGAAGCUUUUAUUCCUGGAUCUGGUAGAGGAGUUCAGGCAGCGACAUCCCACUUCCUUGGGCAGAACUUCUCUAGAAUGUUUGACAUAAAGGUUGAUACAGAUGAAGGUAGUGAAAACAGUAGUUUUGUCUAUCAGAAUUCCUGGGGGAUAACAACCAGAUCCAUUGGAAUUGCAGUUAUGAUACAUUCAGAUAACCUAGGGUUGGUGCUUCCUCCAAGAGUGGCUAUGACCCAGGUUGUUAUUAUUCCAUGUGGAAUAACAUCUUCUUCUUCAAAGGAUGAUGCUGAGAGGCUAAAGAUGUAUAUCGGCAAAAUACAGGCUCAGCUCAAAAGUUCCGGAAUCCGCGUGUACGUUGACGAUAGGAAUAACGUAACUGUUGGAUUCAAAUUCAAUCAUUGGGAAAUAAGAGGAGUUCCGUUAAGGCUAGAAGUAGGAUUCAAAGAUAUGGAAGGUGCUGAGGCCUGCUUGGUAAGAAGGGAUACUCGUGCCAAAAGACAGAUAUCUGUAGAAGGCAUAGAUCAAACUGUGGCAAAUGAGAUUGAUACAAUGCACAAUGACAUGCUUGCUAGGGCUAUUUCAGAAAGAGACAGUAGAAUUUCUUAUGCUAAGAACUUUGAAGACUUUAUCUCUGCUCUUGAUAACAAGAAUAUAAUAAUGGCACCAUGGUGUGGAAUUGAUGAAUGCGAGUCUACCAUCAAAUCCAGGAGUACAAAGCUUGGACCAAAUGGCAGCGUUAUUUCAACAGGAGCAAAGACUUUGUGUAUUCCUUAUGACUCGAAGCCUUGCAGUGGGUUGGAAUGCGUGAGUUGUGGCAAGCAAGCUAUACAUUACACUUUAUUUGGAAGAUCCUAUUAA